AAAGUUCGUCCCUGUAAUUAAAACGAUGUACCAUAAGUAUCGUGACAACAAUAUAUGGUUAAAUGCCGAAUUAGAUAGGAUUAUCUGUAACAGAAAACGAGAAAUCCAAAGUGCCCCUUCUGAUCAACCUAUAGAGAACAACGUAUUAAAUUUAUUAAUCACUUUAAAUACUGAAAUGGAUACCAAUAAGAUCACUGGUAUCGAUUAUUCGAGACCGUUGACUAACAUAGAAAUUUCCUGCACGUUAAAGGAAAUCUUUGUCGCCGGAAUGGACACGACCCGAAACGUAAUGUGCUAUAUCAUGUUUUACAUUAAUAAAUAUCCCAAAGUUAAAGAUAAGUUGAUUCAGGAAUACGAAUCGAUCUACGGGGAUCUAAGCAAGAAGUUAGAUGUUACUUACGAAUCACUUGAUAAAUUAGUUUAUACCGAAGCCGUGAUCAAUGAAGUCACACGUCUCAUACCGCCAUUACCCGUAUUCAUGCGUGCUGCCACUUUUGAUACCGAAAUUGGUGGUUACAAGAUCAAGAAAGAAACGACCGUGUUUACGAACUUUACCGGCAUUCACUAUCAUAAAGAUUAUUGGGUUGAACCCGAAAAGUUCAACCCUGAUAGAUUUUUAAAAAAUGGUGAUCAUAAGAUCGUUAAGAAUUCUCAUUUGCCUUUUGGAGGGGGUAUUCGAAUUUGUCCGGGAAGGCAUUGGGCCAUGGGGAAUAUGAAAAUUUUAUUGGUCAGAAUUUUAACCAAAUUCGAAAUUAACCUCGCGGAUCCUGAAGCUCCGUUAAAAUUAUCAUAUCAUGGAAUUCAGCAUUGUGAUGAAUUAUAUAU